CUAUCUAGGACCGAUACUCAUGAGCCGAAAGACAUCCCUGGCGUUGCCGACUUCCUCUCUUGCAUGGUACAAAUAAAGUGCUUAGCCAGAAUCGAAUCACAGACGUCUUGCAGGUCAACUAUGCCGCCUCUCUCCUAUCUUCGAUACUUGCUGACUGAAACCGAGCCGAGAGGGAUUGACACGAUGGACGGCCCAAUCUCUGGACGACUAAAAGCGCAUGAGGUUGGAACCUAGAUGUGGUGUUUGGCUCUGUCCGAUCGUGGCGUUCUCGCGGUGCACAUCCCUCUAUCUUUCACACGGUCACCGAGUCGAAAUCUCCUCGCAACAACUCGGACCUGUAGCAUUUCUUGAAUGCGUUUCUCCCGUGCUUUUAGCGCUUGACACCCUGCACAUCUCGUUGCUUGUGAUGCUCAACUACGUCAUUCCUGCGAUCGUCCCCUUCGGGAGGGUACUGACGCUCUUAUCUGAAAAAUAAACAAAGACAU